GAUCUUUUUCAAUAUUGGAAAUACAGGAAGAAGAUGAUGAUGAUGGUGAUGAUGAAGAUUUACAAAGAAAGGUAGCUCUUCAGCAGCAGUUACUGGAAUCACAGAAUCAACAGACGUCAGAAUUGGAAAUGAUGGAGCGAGUUCGCCAUCAACAACAGCUUAUAGAGGCUGAAAGAUCACAAAAACAAAUGAUGGAACAACAACAGUUACUUCAACAACAGCAGGCUGCAAUUAAUCAAGUAGAGACUGAAAGGAGAAUGAAAGAAGCAGAGUUACUAAGAACACAACAGAUUGCAAUGAUGGAGGCUCAGAAAGAGGAACAGAAAAGAAUACAGGAAGAGCAAAUGAGACAGCAGCAAGGUCCACCAGUCCCCAGGCCACCACCAGUUGGGCCUCCAGCUUCAGGACCACCCCAGCAACCGCCACCUAGUUUAAUGGCACAGCCUAUUAGACCUUCAGUAUCGAACACUGGGCAACAACCAUUAAUGCAAUCUGUAGGAGGACCUCCACCUUUAAUGCAGUCUGGGGGAGGUCCCCCACCGCUAAUGCAGUCGGGGGGAGGUCCCCCACCAUUGAUGCAGUCAGGACAAGACCCUACAUCAAUUCCGUCUUUAAUGCAGACAACACCUGGUCCUCCUAUUCCAUCUUUGAUGCAGUCUGGAAUGUCUUCUAUGCCUCCACAUAUGCAGACCAGUUCAGGACCACCUUCUGGUCCCCCAUUCAUGCCACCUGGUGGUGGACCAUCAGCAAUUCCUCCAUUAAUGCCCCAAGCUCCUCACCCACAGAUGUCAGAUGGUCCACCUAGACCACCUAUGCAACAGCCAGUCGGUGGUCAAAGGGGUCCACCUCCUGUUACAAUGUCACAGCCACAGAGACCACAGGGUCCACCACCAAAUCAGUUUCCCCCACAGAUGGGACCACAAGGUGUAGGUCCUCCACCAAGACCACAAAAUAUGCCACCAAGACCACAGCCGCCACCACAGAUGGGUCAAGGACAGCAAGGGCCACCAAUGAUUAGACCACCACAAGGACCACCUCAGUCAUUAAUGGGUGGACCACCAGGCUCAGGUCCAGGUGGAAGGCCUCCUGGACCUCCUGGUCCACCAACAUCUGUUCAAAUGAAUCGUCCUCCAGGACCACCAACAUCUGUUGCAAUGAGUCGUCCCCCAGGACCACCAACAACUGUUUCAAUGAGUCGUCCGCCAGGACCACCAGGUCAGCCAAUGGAGAAACUACCCCCUCCAAAGUUUGAACCACCAGAAGAAGAGAAACAAAAAGAAGUUAAAUUACCACAAGCUUUGGAGAAGAUCUUAGCUUUCAAAGACGCCAGAGCUCAGGAAGUGGGUGUGUCACCAGAAGAAUUAGAGGAAAUGAAUAAACCUAAAGUAAAGGAAGAAACAGAAGAAAUAGAUGAAGAUAUAGGAUAUGAAACAUAUGAUAUUGAUGAAGAGACUGACAAACCUGAUGCAAGUAAAGAGUCAAAGAAUAGAAGGAAGAAAAAGAAGAAGAAGAAGUCCAAAAAGAACAGACUGAUGCAGCAACAGCUGCCACCCAAACCUAAGGAGACAACUACGGAGGAAACUGUUAAUGUAGAAUAUGUACAGGAACAGUUAGAGCUGGAUCCUUCUGAUCCUAAUUAUUACACAUUUGCCAAAAUAUUUGAAGCUUUUAAGAUCUCAGAAGCAGAAAAGCCAAAAGAAAAAGUUUUAGAAGAAAAGAAAGAAGCAGAGAAGAAACCAGAAGAGGUCAAACCCAGAGGAAUGUUCGAAGAGGAGGAUGAUGAAGAUGAGAAAAUGGAAACCGAUGAAAACAAAGAAGAUCAUCCAAAAAUGUCAAAGAAAAAGUUAAAGAAGAUGACAAGAUUGUCUGUGGCCCAGUUAAAGCAACUUGUUGGUAGACCUGACGUAGUAGAAAUGCAUGACGUUACAGCACAGGAUCCUCGAUUGUUGGUAUGUCUGAAGGCCACAAGGAACACAGUACCUGUACCAAGACAUUGGUGUUUUAAAAGGAAAUAUUUACAAGGAAAACGUGGUAUUGAAAAGCCACCAUUUGAACUUCCAGAUUUUAUCAAAGCUACAGGAAUCAUGGAGAUGAGAGAAGCUUUACAAGAAAAGGAAGACCAGAAAACAUUAAAAUCUAAGAUGAGAGAAAAGAUCCGACCAAAAAUGGGAAAAAUUGAUAUUGAUUAUCAAAAAUUACACGAUGCUUUCUUCAGGUGGCAGACCAAACCUAAAAUGACAAUACAUGGAGAUUUAUAUUACGAGGGGAAAGAGUUUGAAACUCGAUUAAAAGAAAAGAAACCUGGAAAUUUAUCAGAUGAAUUAAGAACAGCAUUAGGAAUGCCUAUUGGACAUAAUUCUGAGAAGUUUCCACCUCCAUGGUUGAUAGCUAUGCAGAGAUAUGGUCCUCCACCAUCUUAUCCUAACCUAAAAAUUCCUGGUCUUACUGCAGCUAUUCCAGAAGGGUGUUCAUUUGGUUACCAUGCUGGCGGCUGGGGUAAACCCCCUGUAGAUGAGAAUGGUAAACCUUUAUAUGGUGAUGUAUUCGGUACACAAAGUGCUGACUUCCAGGCUCCUGUUAAAGAAGAAGAAAUUGAUAAAUCAUUAUGGGGUGAGCUUGAAGAAGAAUCUUCAUCGGAGGAGGAAUCAUCGGAGGAAGAGGAGGAACUUCCUGAUGAAACUGGCUUAAUAACUCCUGGUCCAGAAGGAUUAGUAACACCAAGUGGAAUAACUUCAGUACCUUUAGGUGUAGAAACACCAGAUAUGAUAGAACUGAGAAAGAAAAGAAUAGAAGAUGCUAUGGACCAGGGAGGAGAAACACCUGCUUUGUAUACUAUACUGCCAGAGAAAAAACAACAAGUCGGUGCAGCCAUGAUGGGAUCUAGUCAUAUAUAUGACAUGACGGGGGUCCAACCUGGGGCAAAGAAAACAGACAAGGUCUCCACAGAGGGUAUAGAAGUGGCCUUGAACCCUGAAGAAUUAGACCUUGACACAGCAGCCAUGCAAGCUAAGUAUGAUGAGACAAUGAGAGAACAACAGUCUCAAUUAGCGAAAGAAGAUCUCAGUGAUAUGGUAGCAGAACAUGCCGCUAAACAAAAGAAACGAAAGAAACAGCAAGACAGUGGAAAAUCGUCCAAAAAAUACAAAGAAUUCAAAUUUUAAAGACAAUAUUUCUAUAUGUAAUUUGUUGGACUAUGAAUCAUGUCAUAUUUUUUCAUAUUUUAUGUCGUCAUAAUUAAAUCAUGUAUAUAUCGUA